AUGGACCAAUCCCAACACCCCUCCAGUUCUCAACCCAUCAGCGCCAAUCUAAUGACCCUCCCCUCCGAGCUCCACCUCCAAAUAAGCACCUACCUUACCUACCCAGACGCCCUAGCUCUAAAACACAGCAGUCGCCACUUCUACUCGAUAGUGAACACAGGCGUGCGGCUGAAGGUUGACUGGCUCCUCGAGCGGCUUGAGCGUAAGCUUGAAUGCCCCAUGGAGAAGUGCUCGUUCAGCACUGACGAGUCCUUUUGCAAUGGACGUGUGCGCGGCAUUAUGGAGCGCCGUCGGUGGCAUCUUGAGUGUCGCCCGGUCAGAAAUGGCUGUCUGCUUGUGAGUGGCCAGACUUGCCGUUCGCAUUUGGUGCCCGCUUGGUUCAAAGUGAAAGCACUGGGGAAAAGGAGAGCUGUCAAGGUGAUGGAAAGCUGGGGACAUGAAGGUCCGUUAUCGCUUUAG